AUGAGCAGCCCAAAUCAACAACAACAACAACAUCAACAGCAUCAACAGCAACAUCAACAAAAUCAACAACAACAGCAGCAACAGCAACAGCAACAACAACAGCAACAACAACAACAACAACAACAAUCACAUGCCCCUCAACAACAACAACCACAACAGAGACAAAAGACUGGUAACAGUUUAAAUGAGAAUAUGGGAUUCUCUGGCCCAUUGUCAUCUAUAAAUUUCAAUGAGUCACUUCUCAAUGACUUUGGCCUCAAUGACUCGGUCAUCCACGAUAUGAAGGCACAGCAGCCCGACACCUACAAGCUCAUUGACUUUGCUCUGAGCGCCAGCUCCAACCUCAACACAGCCAACAUCUGGGAUCACGAGGCUGAGAACGCGAUGUUUGGAAUCGACCCGGCCAACAACGCCGCCACAAGCACGGGCCAGAGCAACACACUGUCCAAUCUGAUGACCGGCCACGAGCAGCCCACCAACGCCGGCAACUCCUUUGGCCUGUCUGCGCUGCUCGGUGGCAACAACACGGGCAACAGCUUCAAUAUAUUGAACAACUCGUUGCUCAACAACUCGCAUCACAUCGACAUACAACAGCACCUGCAGCAGCUGAGCCAACAGCUGGCGCAGCAUGGCCAAUCGGUCAACCCAUCCACACUGUUCAAGCCGAUGGAGACAUUCCCUCCGAUGAAGACAGAGCCGCCUCCAACCUUCCAACACGACAGUCCACAGAGCGCUGUGGGUGGCGGUGCCCAGGUGCCCCACUCGCCCCUGCCGCCAACGCCUACACUCUCUACCAUUCACAACGUCAUCAACUCGGGCGCGCCCGUGCCACAUUCACCACAGACCUAUCAGGGUCAGCCUACGCCCACCCACACUCAUUCACCUCCCUCGUCCACUCCAUCGACGCCACACUCGGAAGCUCAAGCUAUCCCAUUCCAAUCAAUUGUAAACACAUCAAAUGGCAGCAUGGAGACUCAGAUCAAUCAGCUGAUGGCACCAAAACAGAAGUCGCCACAGAUUCAAGUUCCUCCACAAUACACAAGACCACAACAACAACAACAGUCACAGCCACAACAACAGCAACAGCCACAACAACAACAAACAUCAACACCUCCAUCGUCAUCAUCUUCAUCAUCAAAACAACAUGAACAACAACAAGUACCAUCAUCAUCACAGUCCAAUGGACCAAUAUUGGAGAUUGUGGACAACUAUCAACAACCAUUCCCAAUCUACACGGUCAAGACUCACGUGCUUGUGCCCGCACCAGUGGUCCGCGCAACCAACUAUACGGGCGAUCCCAACGACCUGAUUGUCGUGGCCAACCCCGAGCCCGAUGACAGUAUCAUCAUCUCGCAGCCAGCCGUCACCGCCGCCGAUGGCACCUACGAGUUCAAGUUCACCGACAUGCACGUCGACCGUAAGAAGCAUGACCCAUGCAGCUCGUUCAAGCUUCGUUUCAGUCUGCUCGACCGUCGCACAUUUGUGCGCCACAGUGAUGUGAUCUCUGCCAACAUCAACCUCUUCUACCACACCGACCUGCUGCCGGCACCUGACAUUGUGCGUCUCGUUCCCAACCAGUGCUACUGUGGCCAGGAGCCCGACGUCACAUGCUACGGAUACUAUUUCAAGAAGGGAAGGACCGAGAUUCUCUACGUGGACUUUGACCCAGAGAGCCCCAGCAUGGACCACCAGCACUACACCGUCAACCAGGAGCAUCUGCGCAUGCCCAACCAGACGUCGUUCUCGUUCGUCUUCACCCCACCCCACCGCAAGACACCGGGCUCGUACAGCGUGUCCACCAGGUACACCCGUACCACCACCAAGAAGGACAAGGACAAGAACAAGAAGUCCAAGGUGGGCAAGGCCUUCCAGUUCCACUACAACGAGUUGCCCGAGUCUGGCCAGACCAAGCGUAUUAGACGUGAGGUUGAUCCAAAUGGCGGCGACAGGUACAUGGACACUCAACAACAUCAUCAUCAUGGCGGCGGCAACAACAACAACUUUAUGAACACACAACAAGAUGGCUUCUACACCUCUGGCUACAUUGGUGGAUCGUCGUCGCCCUCCUACGGCAACUACAACUACAUGAAGUGUAUACUGUAUGGCGAGGUGGAGGACCUUGAGGAGAUGCUCCAGAAUGACCCACAGGGACUUAACCUCUGCGAUAACAGUGGCAACAGUCUUAUCAUGCUCUGCGCACGUGAAGGUCGCGAUGAGUUUGUCGAGAAGCUUCUCGAGCUGGGUGCGGACCUCACCUUGGCCAACAAGACCGGACACACUUUGUUCCAUAUGACUUGCUUUGCUGGUAGCGUCAAUCUAGUCGAGGCAAUUUUGCAAAAGGUGGACAUGUUUGCAAGGGAUAGCGUUGGUGCCACUGGACUUCACAUCGCCACUGAGAAGGGUCACGUGCGUUUGGUGCAGUUCUUGUGCCAACGCGCCGAAGCCUUGGUCGAUGUCAAGGACAACCGUGGUCUGACUGCACUGCACUAUGCCGCAAUGGAUGGUGAUCAGCGCAUUGCCAACAUCUUUAUCGAUCACUACAAGCACGUCAGCCCCAAGAUGUUGGACGUUCAAGAUCACUCUGGUAUGAGUCCACUUCAUUGGGCUGCUGCCGUUGGUCGUUUCAAUAUCGUUGUGCGUCUGGUUGAGUCUGGCGCCGACAUCAACCUGGUGGACGGCGACAACGAGUCACCAGUGUUCAAGUCGAUUGUGGCCUACAACAAGCCAAUCACCUCUCAUUUGCUGGACAGCAAGUGCGACAUCCAGAUCCUCAACACUCACAACAAGUCCGCCAUCGACCUGUUGGCCGAGAUGGCUGAGCCAGUCCCAGAAGACAGCCCAAUGGAGUCCUCCAUCACCACCACCGUUGCCUCUCCCUCCCAGGAGGAGAGCCCCAUCAGCAGCGAAGCAUCCACCUCCAUGUCCUUGUUGCCAGGCACCGCCACUCCACUGCCCAACCUGGACAGCAAGCGCAGCAUUGGAGAUCAGCUGCGAGCCGAGCUCGAGGAGCAGCUCGUUCGUCAACUGGCAAAGCUCAACCUGCAGCAGUCGCAGCAGUACCAUCAACAGCAUAACAGUGGACAGUCCACCACCAAGCUGGAGAUGUUCAAGCCAACUCCAGGAGAGUUUUCCAACAAGACUCAACACUUUGGCGACAUCAACACAUGGACAUCGCGUGACAUCACUGUCAACCGCUUCGAGCAACUUAUCAAUGAGAUCGAGAUGAACGUUGCCAGCGGAUCCGACGGCGGCAUGUCCAAGAACAAGAAGCUCACGUCCCUCCUCCAGCAGUCCUACUCUGACAAGGUGUCUGACUACAUUCACUGCGAGGAGGAGCUGUUGCAGACCAAACGCGAGAUCCUCGACCUUGAGAACGAGCUCAACGUCAAGGCUCACGAGAUCAUCCGUCUGUCUGACUUUUUGUCGUCGUGCCCCGUGUCACUGUGGGAGCUUGGCGCUGGCAAGCUUGGUCUGUUCGUCCUGAAGCGCGACAGAUACUAUGGAUUCCAUCAGAGUGAUAUCCUGGUUGUUGUCUCUAGUGACUCAAUGAACGCCCUGCACAAGGUAUACGGCACCAACCUGCCCGACUGUCUGCUCGCCAACAUUGUAUUCAGCAACAAGGUCAAGUCUAGCAAGCCAUCCGCUCUGAUGCCAGUCGUUGGCACCGAGUUCCUGUAUGUAGAUAUAGAGGUGACUGACAGGAAGUAG